AUGAAUCCGAUAACGUCCUCACCACACACAGAAAAGGACUCUGAAACCGACAUUUCACGCGUACCUUCUGUCAAGUCUGAAGCUGCUCGUGGCGACAAAAUACGCCCGCAAGUAUCUCAGGGCGCAACAUCUCGAAAAUCACGAGCCGAGUCAGUAGUUCCGCGUGGGAAUCGGCGAGGGUUGUUCGGACGAUUUGCUCUUCUGCCAGAAGUUGCAGAACCUCAAUUGGAUUAUGUGCGCAAAGAGAAAUGGGCUAUUACGUUUAUUAUUUCCAUGGCCGCAGUAGCAGCGCCAUUGGGAAGUACAAUAUUCUUUCCAUCACUACCCGAACUAUCCAAAGAUUUCCAUACAUCCCCUACAACCGCCAAUCUGUCCGUGGCAUUCUACAUGCUGAGCAUGUCUAUUUUCCCACUAUGGUGGUCCUCCUUUUCCGAAUCUCUCGGCCGGCGCACCGUCUACCUUAUUUCCUUUUGUCUCUUCUUGCUCUGGAGCAUUCUGAGCGCCGUAUCAACUAGCAUUGCCAUGCUCAUCGUCAUGCGCGCCCUCGCUGGCGGCGCAUCCGCAUCCGUCCAGGCCGUCGGCGCAGGAACGAUUGCCGAUAUCUGGGAAGUCCGAGAGCGGGGGAAAGCCAUGGGCACUUUUUUCCUGGGACCGCUAUGCGGGCCAUUAUUUGCGCCCAUUAUUGGCGGCGCGCUCGCCCAGCGCUGGGGAUGGCGCAGCACGCAGUGGUUCCUGGCUAUAUACGGGGGGUUGCUAGUCCUUGCCUUGUUUUUCGGGCUUCCUGAGACUCUGAAACAUACCAAACCUUUUCUCCAAGGAGACUCUCCUUCCCCUACUACUUCUCCUCCUCCUCACGGGGCAAACGUCGAGACAGAGUCCAAAUCCGCAGAUACAUUCGCCAAACAACCUUCAUCCUCCUCAACUCCCCGUCCAGAUCUACAGCGAACAAUAACAACGCGCUCCGUCAUUCUACGCAAACGCACAACAACCAUCAUCCUCGCAUUGAAGCGCAUCCUGCUCGACCCGCUGCGCAUCAUCUUGUACCUGCGCUUCCCCGUCGUCCUCAUCACCGUGUACUACGCCAGCAUCACCUUCGGGUCGUUAUAUAUCCUUAACAUUAGCGUGCAGCAUACAUUCUCCGCCGCGCCGUACCAUUUCCGCACGAUUAUCGUGGGGCUGCUAUAUAUUCCCAAUUCCUUAGGCUACUUUAUCGCCUCCUUCCUCGGCGGGCGCUGGACAGACACCAUCAUGCAUCGCGAAGCGCGCAGGGCAGGGCGGUACGAUGAAGAUGGGAAACUGAUUCUACUCCCGGAAGACAGAAUGCGUGAGAAUGUCUGGGUCGCGGCCGCGCUGUAUCCUGCCGCACUGGUGUGGUACGGCUGGUCUGCGCAGGAGGGAGUAUUUUGGUUUGUUCCUAUGCUCGCCAACUUCUUCUUCGGCAUCGGCACCAUGCUCGUCUUCGGCACCGUGACCACCAUGCUGACGGAAUUCAUGCCAAAAACUUCGUCCGCCGGCGUGGCAGUCAACAACUUUAUCCGGAACAUUUUCUCUGCCGUCGGCGUCGUGGUCGCGCAGCCUUUGCUCGACGCCAUUGGCAACGGCUGGCUUUUCACCGCCCUAGGCAUCAUCGCGGCGCUGAGCUCGGCUGUCAUAUGGGCCAUGAAGCGGUUUGGGCCGCGGUGGCGGGACGACAUGGCCAGACGGAUGGGAUGA